GAACUUCCCAAGAAAGAUUUCUAAGCCUCUACGACUCGUCAACGUCUCUCAGCCUUCGCCUCACCGCCCAUCGAAUUGUUCGCCGCAAUGUUCAGACCGGCAUUUCGGGCGACACUAGCAUCCUCACCGGCCCGAGCGGCCCCAGGAGCGCGAGCGGCGCGACGCUUCCUCAGUACCGCGCCGCCACAUCACAAAUCCAGGAGUUGGAAGAGUUCGGCGGCGCGAUGGGGAUUGGCGGGGGCGGCAGUGUAUUACUAUAACACUGCGACGGUGUUUGCGGAAGAGCCAGCACAUGUAAUGCACAUUCCUCCGGAGACGCCACGAGAAGCAGACGCCUACCCGACCGUUGCAUCCAUCUCGGAGCAGAGAAGAGCGCAAGCAAGAUCGCAAGCCCAAACAAAAGCCACGGAUGCGUCAUCGACACCAGCAACGGGGACGGCGACGGCGACAAAGCCUGACGCAGAACAGGUGGCGCCUGGAUCGCCAGAAGCUCUGGAGGAAGAAGCUGGAGAACAAGGGGCAUUCAACGAGGAGACUGGCGAAAUCAACUGGGACUGCCCGUGUCUCGGUGGGAUGGCGCAUGGUCCUUGCGGGGAGCAGUUCCGCGCGGCAUUUAGCUGUUUUGUCUUCUCGAAGGAGGAGCCGAAGGGGGUGGACUGCAUUGAACACUUCAAGACGAUGCAGGAUUGCUUCAGACAACACCCGGAUGUUUACGGCUCUGAGUUGGAGGACGAUGAGGAUGCUGCGUCGCCAAUAGAGUCGCAGGAGGGACAAGCUGGUGCUGCGGAGCCGGCGGCGGUACAUGCAGUGGCAAAGGAGAGUUCCGGGGUGGCUGAGAGCAGGACACAGACGGCCGAAGCAGCCCAGACUUCGGCAUCUCAAAACGAGGACCCUGUGCAGGUGUCGAGAGACGAAUUGCAGCAGGAGCAGAAGGCAGCGAAACGGGCUCCAGGGAGCGGCGAUACGACCGAACCAUGGCAUGAUGCCAGAGGCGAGAAGCCCAACGCGGGCUGAUGCAAUGGCCGACGCCGAACCCCUUGUACAAUCUGAUGUAGAAUAGAUAGAACAUUGCCACUCACCAAACAUGUAUAUCCCUCAC